AUGUGCCUUAGGGCCGAUUUUUCAAUUGUCAGAUAAACAAACAGAUAGGGUAUAUUCGAGAGAUAGCGAAGUUGAUGAAUUUUUCAAUGGUCGAGUAAGACCUAUUGGACGAAUAAAUCCUUAUCUGAGGAAUUAAUUUAUUUGCCGCCUUGACCGCCAGGUAAGUACUAUUCGAUUGAUAAUUUGACGCAGAUGACGUUUUAGUUUGAAGUUAUUUCUUGCGCUAUUAACAAUUUAUCAAUUUAUUAUGGAUAUUUUCGAUAAUAUUGAUGACUUGGCUAUCGAAGAAGAGACUUUAAUAAAUGAAUAUAUAAAUCCACCCGAAAGAAAAGAAAGAAUAAUCCGCCCAAGGCCUGAAAGUUAUUUCUUGCGCUAUUAACAAUUUAUUAUGGAUAUUUUCGAUAAUAUUGAUGACUUGGCUAUCGAAGAAGAGACUAUAAUAAAUGAAUAUAUAAAUCCACCCGAAAGAAAAGAAAGAAUAAUCCGCCCAAGGCCUGAUCACUUUAGGAUUUGGGAUUCAAAAGAAUUUCAUCGCAGAUUCAGACUUCGGAAAGAGUCGGUGCAAUAUUUACUUUCCCUAAUUGAAAAUAAAAUCAAGCACCAAACAGAAAGAAAUCAGUGUAUUUCACCCAUGUUGCAGUUAUUAAUUGCACUGCGAUUUUAUGCCACUGGAAGUUUUUACAUAACUGUUGGUGAUUUUGGUGGUAUUCAUAGUUCCACUAUGUGCCGUAUUAUUAAAAAAGUUACUGAAGCUAUAGCAUCUUUAAGAACAAUAUUCAUAAACUUGCCAAGAAGUGACGAAGACAUCAGAAGCACUCAACUAGAAUUUUAUAAAAUAGCCAGAUUCCCUAGAGUAGUAUCGGCUAUAGAUGGCACCCAUAUUAGGAUUCAGUCGCCUGGUGGUAACACUGCAGAAGAAUUCAGGAAUAGAAAAGGAUUCUUUUCGUUUAAUGUUCAAGCAAUGUGUUCAGCAGACUUGAUGUUUCAAGAUAUAGUUGCACGUUGGCCUGGCUCUACCCAUGAUUGCAUGAUAUUUGCCAAUUCACAUGUGAAAUACCACUUUGAGAAUGGUGAAUUUGGCAAUGGAAUUAUACUUGGAGAUAGUGGUUAUGAACUAACUAAUUACCUACUCACUCCUUUUCAAAAUCCAGACACACCAACUAAGACUUUAUAUAAUGAAUCACAAAUUCGAACACGGAAUGUUAUUGAAAGGUGCUUUGGAGUUUGGAAAAGACGGUUUCCAGUCCUAAGUAUAGGAUUAAGGUGUAGGCUGCCGCUUGCACAAGAUGUGAUUGUAGCCUGUGCUGUACUACACAACUUGGCAAGAUCAAAAAAUGAGGAGGAACCUCCAGUGGACCCAGAAUUGCAUAUUCCACCACAGCCUAUAUUUCCACCCGCUAUAGCCGAUUUUACUGGUGAUGAAAGGUGCCAUACUAGGAACUUAAUCUUAAUAAAUUAUUUUCAUGCCUUACCUACUGAAUAAUCUAGGGCAGCCAAGCUCAAUUUUUCAACAGUUUUACUACAUAUAAUCUUUAUAUUCAUUCAAUAGAAAUUUAUGUUUAUCAUAUGUGCAAUUUCUUUUUCAAUUAAUGUUACAUAAUAAAAACAUUGGUAUUUUAUUAAA